AUGCGGCCGCUGAGGGCCUUCCCGCUGCCCAUCAAUGUGGGAACCGACAUCUGCCAGAUCAGUCGCAUCUACCGCAUCCUCAAGGGGCCCCGUGCUGCCCGUUUCGUCGACCGCAUCCUGGGACCCCAUGAGAGGGCCGCCGCUGCUUCACGUCUCCUGCCGCUCAGAACAGAGGGCAAUCACAACUCCCCCUCACUAUCGUCAGGUUCGGUGGCUCGGUCGGGAGGUUCACGUGAUGAUGAGCUCUGGAAGACGGCGGCGUUCAUAGCUGGGAGGUUCGCCGCCAAGGAGGCCGCCAUUAAGGCACACUCACACCGCAGGCUCACAUUCCACGACAUAAUCAUCGAGAGGCGGGGCCGCGACGAGGAGCGGCUGGGCAGCGGGCCUCCCGUGGCUCGGAUCAGGGGCGAGCCGGGGGACGACUGCGACUCGAGCGCCAUGAUCUCCAUCAGCCAUGAUGGGGACUAUGCCACUGCCGUGUGCAUCGGGCAUGACCCCAGCGUCACUAUAGAGCCAGCACCAAGGAAGCCAGACUGA